UGAUAUCUUUACACACACCGGCAUUACAUUAAUCUCCUCUGUGAAUGAAUGCCACCUCAAAAGAUAAAAUUUAUUUUCAUUUCAUCGCCUCUGGUUUUAGAUUUUCCACAAUCGAAACGCACAAUCGAGAGAGAGAGCGAGAGCUGACCAAGUGGUCUGAGGCUUCGUCUUUGCUUUUUCUCACAUCUUUGAUGUAGCACUAGCUGAAUUAUCUCAUACCCUCAGCCCAUUUUGUCUUUCUCUCUCUAUGUGUGUAUAUAGAUUAUAAUCAGUAAAAGCUAGCUAUCGUCUUGUGCACAAUCUCUAUCUUGUUCUGCAUCAGGUUAUAAUAAUUAUAUAUAUGUAUACAUAUAUGCAGGUUUAGACGAACUUUUGUGGAUACAAUUCCCUUCGGGAGGCAAUAGAUUUGAUGCCAAGAACGGAGAUUUAGAGGUUUUCAAGAACGUUAGAGGGUUUGGAAGGAAAACGCAAUUGACUUUUUUCUUACCUUGAUGCGUUUUGUGAUUGGGGAUAUACGUCCAUCACAGACAAAUAUAGGUUCUGACUUCUGAUUGAAGAUUUAGUCAGUAGGUUCACGAUUAGGGCAUUCCUGCUUGCUUAACUUUUGGAUUGCACUAGUUUCAGGAUUUGGGUUUUCAUUGGAGUGCUUCUUUUAUUGCGAGUAUGUGCUUCUUAAUCAGCGGUUUGUGAAAGAUUUGAGUUUUUUUGAGGUUGAUCAUUGUGAUUUGUUAGAAUGCUGUAUUGCUCUCGACUGAGUGGUAUUGCUGGUAGAACAGUUGAGAUCAAUUGAGAGGGAGGAGACGUGAUUCCGGAUUCGGGUGCUGUUUCUCUGGUUGUUAGCAACCUUUAUGUGUCAGGAUUGAGUGUAUACAAUCUGUUGUUAUUGCCUUUUAGGUUCUUAUUUAGAUCCCCUGGUGUUGUGGAUGGUUUACGAGUGCUGAGGCCGAAUCAAGUAUGAGUAGAAGAGUGCGGAGGAAGGUUGUGAGGAGGGGCAAAGAGAAAGUGGAUCUCCCUGAGAUUGAAGAAACUAACGACUUUGGUGUCAAGGAGGUGCUUGAUUGGACUAGAUUACCUGAUGAUACAGUAAUUCAGCUUUUCUCAUGCUUGAACUAUCGUGACCGGGCUAGUUUGUCAUCAACCUGCCGGACAUGGUGGAUCCUUGGUAAAUCUCCAUGUUUGUGGCAGGAAUUGGACCUCCGGCCGCAUAAGUUUGAUUCUGCUGCCGCUUCAUCACUUUCUCCAAUGUGUGUGAAUCUUCAGAAGCUUCGUUUUCGAGGACCUGAAUCUGCUGAUGCUAUUAUAGCUCUUCAAGCUAAGAAUUUACGCGAGAUCAAUGGAGACUAUUGCAGGAGCAUGACUGAUGCAACACUCUGUGUGCUUGCAGCUCGACAUGAAGCACUAGAGUGCAUUCAGAUUGGGCCGGAUUUCUGCGAGAAGAUCAGCAGCGAUGCUGUAAAAGCAAUUGCAAUUUGUUGCCCACGACUGAGAAAGCUUGGGAUCUCAGGUAUUCAAGAAGUGGAUGCAGGUGCUAUCAAUGCUCUAGCAAAGCAUUGCCAGAAUUUGACUGAUAUUGGGUUUAUUGACUGCCGGAAGGUGGACGAGACUUCCCUAGGAAAUGUUGCUUCGCUUCGCUUCCUUUCAGUCGCCGGAACAACUAAUAUAAAGUGGAAUUUGGUAGCACAACACUGGGGUAAGCUGCCCCACCUGAUUGGGUUAGAUGUUUCUAGAACAGAUAUAAGCCCAAAUAUAGUUUCAAGACUCUUGUCAUCCUCAAUUAAUUUGAAGGUCUUAUGUGCCCUAAAUUGCCAGGCACUUGAGGGGGAUUCAACCUUUGUCUCUAAUCACAACCACAGGGGUAAAGUGUUGCUGGCUAUCUUCACCGACAUUCUUAAAGGAAUAGAUAAUUUAUUUGUCGAGACUCCAAAGAAUGACAAGAACGUUUUUCUGCACUGGGGGAAUUCUAAGAAGGAUAAAAAAUUAGAUGAGAUCUUGAAUUGGCUGGAGUGGGUCAUUUCCUAUGCGCUUCUUCGUAUUUCUGAGAGCAAUCUACCUGGUCUGGAUAAAUUUUGGCUUGAUCAAGGUACAAGUUUACUACUUAGUUUCAUGCAGAGCGCCCACGAGGAAGUUCAAGAAAGGGCAGCCACAGCUCUUGCAACAUUUGUCGUUCUUGAUGAUGAAAAUACCAAUAUUGACACUGGAAGAGCUGAAGCAGUUAUGCGUGAUGAAGGCAUAUGCCUUCUUCUGAACCUUGCCCGGUCAUGGCGGGAAGGACUUCAGUCAGAAGCUGCUAAGGCUAUUGCAAACUUAGCAGUGAAUGCUAAGGUUGCAAAAGCUGUGGCGGAGGAAGGAGGCAUCAGCGUUAUUGUUAAUCUUGCAAGGUCUGCAAACAAAUUAGUUGCUGAAGAGGCUGCAGGAGGGCUCUGGAAUCUUUCUGUUGGUGAAGAAUACAAGGGUGCCAUUGCUGAAGCUGGUGGAAUUAAAGCUUUAGUGGAUCUUAUCUCCAAGUGGUCAUGGUCUACUGGUGGUGAUGGAGUCUUGGAACGUGCAGCUGGUGCACUUGCUAAUUUGGCUGCAGAUGACAAAUGCAGCAUUGAAGUUGCUUCAGUCGGUGGUAUACAUGCCUUGGUGACACUAGCUCGCAAUUGCAAGGCCGACGGAGUGCAAGAGCAGGCAGCUCGGGCAUUGGCAAAUUUGGCUGCCCAUGGGGAUAGCAAUGGUAACAAUGCUGCAGUAGGACAGGAAUCUGGGGCUCUUGACGCUCUUUUGCAACUUACUCGCUCACCGAGUGAUGGUGUCAAGCAAGAAGCUGCUGGUGCAUUAUGGAACUUAUCAUUUGAUGACCGGAACCGAGAAGCAAUUGCUGCAGCCAAUGGAGUUGAGGCAUUGGUUGCCCUAGCAAGUUCCUGCUCGAACUCUCCUCAUGGCCUCCAGGAAAGGGCUGCUGGUGCUCUCUGGGGGUUGUCCGUGUCAGAAGCAAAUAGCAUUGCUAUUGGUCGUGAAGGAGGCGUACCUCCACUAAUAGCGCUAGCUCGAUCAGAUGCUGAGGACGUGCAUGAGACCGCUGCAGGAGCUCUUUGGAAUCUUGCUUUCAAUCCCGGUAAUGCUCUACGCAUUGUGGAGGAAGGGGGAGUUCCUGCUCUAGUCCAUCUUUGCUCUUCAUCUGUAUCGAAAAUGGCACGCUUCAUGUCUGCACUUGCACUGGCCUACAUGUUUGAUGGAAGAACGGAUGAAAUUGCCCUCUCGGGAACACAAAGCAUUUCCAAGAAUGUGAACUUAGACAGUUCGAGAAGAAUGGCCAUGAGAAACAUUGAAACUUUCGUGAUGACGUUCUCUGACCUUCAAGCGUUUUCAGCAGCUGCCGCAUCGUUAGCCCCUGCCGCACUGACGCAAAUAACUGAAUCAGCUCGCAUUCAAGAAGCAGGCCAUCUGAGAUGCAGCGGAUCCGAGAUCGGAAGAUUCGUUACCAUGCUGCGAAAUCCUUCCCCUACCCUGAAGUCGUGUGCUGCAUUUGCUCUCCUUCAGUUCACGAUUCCUGGAAGCAAGAAUGCAAUGCACCAUGUUGGCCUUCUCCAGAAGAGCGCAGCUUCACGAGUGCUCCGCGUAGCAGCAGCAGCUGCUGGUGCUCCAAUCGAAGCUAAGAUUUUCGCGCGUAUUGUUCUAAGAAACCUCGAGCAGCACCACAACGACUUGUCCAUCUGAAAACUCCUCUUCAUCAACCAUUACUCCUCUUCAUCAACCAUUUACUACCAUAUCUUUCUCAAAUAACAACCACUGCUCCUUGCUUCUUUUUUUUUUUUUUUGGUUUUGGAUUAUUUCUAUGCUGACAUUGUAGUUAUAUGAUCUUUUUUUUGAAACAGUAGUUAUAUGAUCUUUGAAAAAGAAUUACAUCUGGUUUUGGUGCAUGUUA